AUGGCCGCGUCGUGCGAUGGCCUUGGCACGGGCCCAGCCCGGCGCCCCGCGUCCCCAGCGGGAUCUGGAGGCAACGGGCCGCGCCUGUGGGCACCGGCGCCCGCACCCUACGCGCCAGGCACCGCGUCACCCUCCGCGGCCCCGAGCCAGCUUCUGGGCUCUGCGGGCGGCCUCGGGGCUGGGGACCUGACCUGGCUGGGUCUCCCCGGGCAGCCCGAGCUGCUGAGGCUGGUACGGCCGCCCUACUCGUACUCUGCGCUCAUCGCAAUGGCUAUCCAGAGCGCGCCGCUGCGGAGGCUGACGCUCAGCCAGAUUUACCAGUACGUGGCCGCCAAUUUUCCCUUCUACAGGCGCUGCCGGGCCGGCUGGCAGAACUCCAUCCGACACAACCUGUCUCUCAACGACUGUUUCAAGAAGGUGCCCCGUAGCGAGAAUGACCCAGGUAAAGGCAAUUACUGGACCCUGGACCCCAACUGCGAGAAGAUGUUUGACAAUGGGAACUUCCGAAGGAAGAGGAAAAGGCGAGGGGAGGCGCGCACAGCCGUGGGGCCCGGGAACCAGGAGAGUGGCCAGGCUCUGUCUCUGUCCCCAGUGCACGGCGCCUCCCCUGGCCCGCCCACCACACCAUCUCCUCCCGCUCUGGAGCCCACCAGCUUCUCUGGCUUUGCCUCUGCCAUGGGCGUGCUGGCGGGCGGCCUCAGUGCCUUCCCUGGGACUCUGGCAAGUGACUUGGCUUUCGGUCGGCCCACGACAGUUGCCGCCCGCGGUCCCCAAACCUCCAGCACUCUGCCUGGCUUUGCCCCUGGCCACCAGACAGCGGUCACCGGCUUCCGGGUCAGUAACUUCAUCUAUAGCCAGGAGGGGACCGAAGUUUGA